GCUCGCCGCUCCUGGCGGGCUGGGCUCAAGAGCACCGGGAGGGGACGCCAAGAGUGCUGGACUUAGGUUCAAGGCUGGUUCCAGCACUAACCAGCUGGGCGGCCUCGGGCGUCAGUUUCUCCAUCCUGCCUACGCAGGGAGAUGAUUGUGAGCGCUCUGGGGCUCUGCCAGCCCCGGCCUCGGGGGUGGGGCUGGGAGUGGUCACGUGGAGGGGCGCUGGGUCCCUGGAGCCCGGCCCCGCCCCGCUCCCGCACUCCGGGUCCUCCGCAGGGUAGCUGUCUGGAGGCGAGAGCUCUGAGCCAGCGGAGGGCGCGGAUCGUGUUGGGGACGCGACGCGGUGCAGGGGCUGCUGAGGUCCGCGCGGCAGCCGCAGGAUUCCAGGACCCCUGCUCGCUGCUCUGCCCGCUCCCGGCCAGCUGUGCAAGAGGCUGGACCAGCAGCAGCAACAGCAGCGAGGACUCGAGCAGCAGUGACACCAUGGAUCUGUCCUUCAUGGCCGCGCAGCUGCCCAUGAUGGGAGGAGCCUUCAUGGACUCGCCCAAUGAGGACUUCAGCGCCGAGUACUCGCUCUUCAACUCCUCCACCAACGUCCACGCGGCCUCCAAUGGCCAGGGCCAGCCGGAGGAGCCUCCGCGGUCCUCUAACGACGCUGUCUUGCUCUGGAUUGCCAUCAUAGCGACGCUGGGGAACAUUGUGGUGGUGGGUGUGGUGUACGCCUUCACCUUCUGAGCGACAGGAGCCGAGAGCUCCAGGUGGCCUCCCCUGCGCGGGGCUCACGGGGGAUGAGGCUUGGUUUGUUUGCAGGGGGCGCCGUCGCUGUUGGCCUUUGGCUGCGCCCACGUUCCAGAGCCAGGACUUCGGACCAGCGCACGGCCUCUCCAGGGGCAGUGACCACGCGUCUGGAACUUCCCUAAGCAGCCCUGAUUUCAACUAUCCCAUGCCGUGGUCAAGCUGAUCCUGAAAACAUGGAGGCGUGAGCUUCCAGCCCCUGGAGGCACGGCAGCGCAAGGCCUUGGAAGAGCAGACUGAGGAAUUCUUGAAACUGCUUUCCAAGAAUAAGAGAAAGACCCAAGGGAACGAGUUCGAUUCAAGAUACAGACAUGGCUGGGCCAUCGCUUGCUGGCAGUAAAUAAUCACUUAUGUGUCUCGUCAUGCAGACUUGUCUCGUGUGUGGGGUGCAGGGCCCGAGCACCCUCAGAACUUGAUGUUCCCAUCCCAAUCUCAUUCAGACCCUUGGAAUAUUGGUGUCGGCCACUUGAAGGGCUAUAGGACGUUCCUCAUUUGACCUGGAAAUAGCACCUUUGUCACCAGACAUCUGGCCCCUUACGAAACCCAAAACAUCAGGAAAGCCAAGAAUGGGAGGAUUACUGGUGACAUGGUGGGAUUUCUGGGUGACAUGGUGGGAUUUCUGGGGUAGUGUUUGUGUGGGGUGGGGUUCUGCUAGAUGGGCUUUCUCCUCUUUUUGAAAAGAGGAGAAGAGGAGCCUUUAAAAAUUAGAUCUGCCACACAGUUGACUCUUCAGGCCACUCACAUGAAAGAUUCUCUUUGUUGUCUGAGAAAUCACAGAAUUUUAGAGAUCAAUAAGGCUGGUGUCCACUUCAUCAUUUAACGGAUGGGCAGGAGAGGACGCUGGCUUGCCUGUGCUUCCCGGGCAUGUUAGUGAAGGGACCAGAUCAGAAGGGACCCUUCCUGACCCAGCUCGGGGGUCUCUCUGAGCCCUCUUUCUAGCAGGUUCCUGCCUCCUCAGCUGCCUUCAGGGAGUACCCAGAGGACCCUGAGCUGUGCCAAGUGGGUGGGGCAUUCAGGCGCCUGCAUUUUAAACUCCGUCUGGCUACCGUGCACGCUCUUUCUUGCAGAUGUGAAUGAGCUCUGCCCGAGUCCGUUUCCCUACAUUCUUGGGGGGCCUGGCAAACGAGAGAGCCCCCAUGUAAAGACCAGAGUGGAUGGGACGUGCUGGGGGAACAGCAUGGGAAAGGGCCCACUUUUCUUUAGACCUUAGGAAAGGCCAUUGUACAGGACCCCUUGUCCCGAGGCAGCCACCCAAUGUGACAAGAUGGGGAGUAGGGGGACUCACUCGCCUACAGGCAGCGGGUGACUCUGUUCUUGUCUUCUCCUUGUGCCAUACAAAAGAAAAUAAAUAAAUGGCACAAAGUCCCCCUCUGUGGUUGAGAAACUUGAAAGACUGGUUUAAAAAAUCCCUUGUGGAUGUUUGGGGACAAUUACAAAAAGGCUGAAUUUGUCACUGUGGUCUCAGGAGAAACGAGUGUUCUUGGGGAAAGGCAAAGGGACAUCUUCAUUGUCCAGGGGCUGCCAGUCGCCUCUGGAAGGCUGGCACUGAGCUGCUGUGAUAACAGGAUUACCAGCCCGACCUCCAGACAGCACCAGCAGAUGGCCGCCAGCUCUUAUAGGUCACAUCUGUCACUGCAGCCAUGUAUCCAUCCACAAAUGCUUUGGCUUAAGUGGAGGUCAGGAGCUCAGAGAGCUGGCGAGACAUCGAAGAGAGGGAGAAGGGAUGUGGGGCCUCCUUCAUGGAUUCCUUCUGAAAUUACUGACGGGCCCUGCUCUCUGCAAGCCCAGCCUGAAGCCUGGGCCAGCUAGUCAGCCGUCGUGUGCCCAUCAUCCUAACAGACUCCUCUGUCAAGCCCCCAUGUCUGCCCCAUGAGCAAGGUCUUUCUUAGCUGAAGGAGCGAGGUCAGGGCCAGGGUAAGGAGACAAGGUGAUGCUCGCUGUCUUCACGGGGCGUCACUCAGCCCCAAUACUCUGAUUCUUCACCUUCUGACCUCACAUCGCUGGGGGAGUCUGCAGCCUGGAAGGGGCAGAUGGCAUCUCCCCAUCUGUAAAUGGCCUGUGGAGAUGGUAGUGGAAGAGAGGGCUCUGUGUUUGCUGUGAUGGGGGAAGGAAAGGAUGGCCUCUAGCUUUAGAGGACCUAGCUUCCCAGGGCAGCCCUGUGGGCCUGCUGCUCACUGGGCACUUCUGGGCACAGGGAUCUCCCCCCAUGAAUGUUCGUGGGGUUUUUUACCCCUGACAUACAUGUCAGUUAAAUUUGACUUUCAACUCUUUCUCUCUUUUCAGUGUUAGGGCCAUAGAUAGUCAGGAGCUUUAGGGACCACCUUGUCUAAACUUUACGUUAUACAGAUUGCAGUGACUUGUUCAGGAUCAUUCCAUCUCAACCUCCUAUGGUUUCAUUAUCCAUCAUUGCUCUAAUACACAGAUAAAGCUCAGAGAAGUGGAGUGACUUGCCUGAGGCUGCACAGCAUGAAAGUGACAAGUUGGGAUUUGAACCUGGACCAUCUAGCUCUAAAGCCAGCCUCUUUCUGCAACACCAUGCUGUCUUCAGUGACUGGGUGUUACCUCCAGGGCACAUUUAAACAAGGCCCUGAAUCUAGAGGCCAUUUCCCAAAGUCCCACGUCAUGGUGUGGCUGGGCCAGCACCGGCUCCCACAGUUAGAAGUCUUAGGAUAGGGCAUGGUUGUCCCCCUGCCCAGGUUUCAGGGUGGUGGUCCCUGUCACCUGCCCGCCUCUUUAAAGUUGAGCACAAGUCUGUUUUGUAUGGCCAGAGAAGUUCCCAGAAACCAGCUUUCUGAGGACGCAUGCAGAGGGGAGCCCCACAGAGGAGCCCCCAGGCGUGAGGCUUGUGCAGCCAGAAUUGGUGAGGGGGGUCAUGGGACAGCCUAUGUUGUAGGUUGGGUCCCAGCUGCGGCUCAGGCUUUCGGCUGAACCCCAGGACUCCCCCCGAGCAGGAGGAAUGGUGCUCCUCUGUUGGACCCCAUCCUGGGGUGCCCAUCUGGCUUCUCCUGGGUGAGGUGGCCCCAGAACCCACUUGGACCUAAGGAGCCAGUGGAGGGGCUGGCCUAUUUAGUAGCUGCUCCUCAGAGAAGGGGUCCUACAUGUGCUGGAAUGUUCUUUGUGCUUGCCCAUCCAUUUCCCUUUUGCAAGCUGUCGGUGUCUCAACCUGUGUUUAUGUGCAUGAGGGACACCUCAGGAAACAGAGCAACCCCUGCUUUAUGAGGUCGUGUGUCCUGUCACUGCAGCUUUGGCGGAGAGGCUGGAGUGUGUCCUAAGGGGACUCCACCUCCUAUAGGGGCCUGGGCAAGAUGACCGGUCUGCCAGUUUCUGCUGUGUCAUUGCUGUCCCUCCCUUUUUCUAUGAGAUCAACGUCAAGAGGCAAGUGAGACAGCCCUGACCCUCUAUACUCUCCUCCAGAGAGAGACAACCAUAUCCCCUUUCAGGAAUCCCCUGGGAUCCGAGGGAGAAAGGAAGAGAGGGCAGGUGAGUGGCACUUGGCUAGAGAGGCAACAGGCCAUCUUCUAGCCCGUUCUAAAUGGAAGGCUUGGACGCCUGCCAGGUCACUUGCAUAUGCUGGACUCUCUCCCUGGAGACGAGAGAUUCGCCGUCUGUACUGUUGCCGGAUUCCUUCAAGUGGUACUCUCUGUCAGGAGCGCGACCUCAUUUAUGACCUUCCUUCAUUAUUAGUAGUGCUUUUAUGAUUAUUAUUAUUAUUAUUCCUGCUGUCAUUUAUUGUGCAUCUUCCUUAUGCUAUGAACAUUUGCAUCUCAUUUACUUCUCAAGUCACCCCUCGGGAGCAGGAGUGAGAGUGCAGAGAACUGCACAUUUAUAUUGUCCACUUUUCUGUUGAGAAAACUGAGGCCAGGCUAUGUGCCCGAGAACCCGCAGUGGAGGAGCUGUGAUCGGGCUCCAGCUCUGUUGCCUGUACAGGCUGGGCAGUUACCCUACAGCUCCCUGCGUCCACACCCUCCAUGGUGAGCCCCCUAGAACGGUCGAUCCCAACAUGGGCCUCCGAGGCUGGGGCUGGAGAGUGGAUUUUGAGUUGUGAGUCCUGGAAAGGGCAGGGCAGCCAUAUUUAUGUCUCAGAAGCUCACAGCCUUAAGGGGCUUCAGAGAGCAUCCAAUCAGGACCUUUAAUUUUGGGGAGGGCAGCUGGGCUACACGGUAAAUUAGUGGAGCACUAACAAGGCUCCGACUCCUGGCUUAGGGCACCAUCUCCCAGAAUGCUGGGCAUUCGCUAGGGAGCUCUGGACGGCCCUGGGACAGGCAUAUGUUCUGUGCCACCUGUCACCCUGCCCCUUUGCCAUGUCCUGCAAAUGCUCUUUGCCUCCAGAGUAAGUCCUGGGUGGGCUGGACACCCAAGAAGCAGUGCGCGGGGCCAGAGGGAGCAGCUGGAGCCUGAAUGCUCCGUGUCUGCCUGGUCCACCCCGCCCGCCUGCUCCGCUGGCUCCACAGAACCCUGACCUUGGUCAUUCUGUGAGAGGGGCGGAGGAGAGGCUGGGCAAGUGAGCACUGAGAGCCCAUAGGACAGAGUCUAUAAUCUCCAAGCAGAAAAAGAGGCCACUCCGAGAAACCCACGUAACCAAAAUUAAACGGUGGCCAGAUGUUUCAAGCGAGGUAUUUCUGAGAUCAGACCUUAAGCAGUUCCUUUUUUUUUUUUUUGGGUGGGGGGGUUUGUUAGGGGACAAAACAAUGCAAACCCUAGUGACUGAAGAGUGGAAGGAGUCCCCCAGAGUGAGAAAACGCUAGCUAGGAACAUAAUGGAAUGGUCAAAAGUACAUAAAAUGGACUACAUCAAUUUUGGAACGUAAGUCUGCCUUGUUUAUUCUGAGUCAUGGUAAAACUCAUAAAUUGUUUCAUCAAGAUGGAUAAUAAAAGCAGAGAAAGCCCUUGCAGAGGCUGGACAGGUGGCACAGUACCCAGGCUGUACAGUGCGGACGUGCGCCUGCGCAGACCUCUCCGUCUCCGUGGCGGACCCAGAUCUUCAUUCCGCACCGAGCCCACUCCACGUGGCUGAGCAGCCGCCGCUGGCACCACUGUCUGUCUCACCAGCUGUCUUUUCCCCAACAUCAUCAUUGGAGAAUCACUGCAUUUUCAGUUCAGAGCAUUGUCCCAGCAAUCCCGAUGGCUCUGACCUGGGCUCUUGUAAAUUGGCAGGAAAGGGACUUCCAACCUUUUACACUUGAGGAAACUGAGUCUCCGAGGGGUUUGGGAGAGUUGCCAGGUCUUGAGCCCAAGACAUCUGUCUACAAAGUUUUGGAACCAGUUGCUUCUCAACGGAAAAUUUUGUCCCCCAGAGGACUUUGGCAAAGUCUGGAGUCAAUUUUGGUUUUCACAACUUGCAGAGGAAGAGGGGUGGUUCUAGUGGCAUUGAGUGGAUAGAAGCCAGUGAUACUGCCCAACAGCCCCCACGACAAUUCUCUGGCCCC